GUUGGUUCUGCGUCUCUUAUAAAGUCCAUCUUGCAAGCCCUAAAGAAUAAAGGUCAAGGUCAAGAUCAAGUGACAUGGAGCUAGUCAUAUUUGAAGAUGUUCGUGAUGCUGAAGAUGCUCUUUAUAACCUCAAUAGAAAGUGGGUUUGUGGCCGUCAGAUUGAAAUACAGUUUGCACAAGGUGAUCGCAAAACACCAGGCCAAAUGAAAUCAAAAGAACGUCACCCUUGUUCUCCAAGCGAUCACCGGAGAUCGAGAAGCCCCAGCCAAAGGAGAACUCGAAGUAGAAGUUCUUCAUGGGGGAGAAAUAGACGGCGGUCUGAUAGCCUUAAAGAGUCUCGACACAGGCGAUUUUCUUACAGUCAGUCUAAAUCCCGCUCCAAAUCACUACCAAGGCGGUCUACCUCAGCAAGGCAGUCAAGAACUCCAAGAAGGAAUUCUGGCUCUAGAGGACGGUCAAGGUCCAAGUCCUUACAAAAAAGGUCCAAGUCGAUAGGAAAAUCACAAUCAAGCUCACCUCAAAAGCAGACUAGCUCAGGAACAAAAUCAAGAUCACAUGGAAGACAUUCUGACUCCAUAGCAAGAUCCCCAUGUAAAUCUCCCAAAGGGUACACCAAUUCUGAAACUAGAGCACAAACAGCAAAACACUCUCAUUUUCGAUCACAUUCCAGAUCUCGGAGUUAUCGUCAUAAAAACAGUUGGUGAACAGCAACAGAAGAGUGCUAUGUAGUCUUUAAUAUAAGUUAUUAAACCUCAUUAUGUUAAAUAAAAAUUCUUCAAGGCUUACAGAGAAUGUGAGUUGACAUUAGUUACUUUGGGCAUGUGCAAGAAAUAAAAUCUCUUUAGCUUGGGUUAAUAAAGAUUUGGUCUCAAUUUAAGGGCCCACACCACAAAUUACGAUGUGAGUAAUGUCCCAUUUCAUGGACCAUUUUUUGUUUACAUUGUGGCAAAAGGGUACUUUUUCAAAGGAAAUAGAUAAAAUGGAACUAAUUGAGAAAAUUCUACUUGGAUACUAAGUAUUAGUAAUAAUAACUUUUACAAAAAUAUUUUUUACUUUAAAGCACUUUACUUUCAUGUAAAAAGUAAUUGUAUUAUUGCAUAGUGCAAACUUAAAACUGUUUAACUCUUUGUCUCCUUUGUGUUUUCUCUUUAAACUUGGGCCAGUCCCUGAUGGAUAUUAGUUCAUAUUACAAAAUUCUGACAUUUCUCAAAGUAGAAUUAUGUAGACAUCAAACAUGAAAAAGAUAUAUUCUUUCCUGAGCUCAAAAGUUUUAUUUUUACUGGGUGGAACAGUAUAGAGAAGUUGACAUUAAAUUGCAUCCUGUACCAUGUUCACUCACUUCAUAAAUAUCAAAAUGUUUUAAAAAUACUGAGUUUUGAGUGGCUUGAAACUACUCUAAAAAUUGUGUAUAAUGCUCAUAAUCCAAAAAUAUUCAUAUUAAGCCUUAUACAUUUGAAGAGUGGUACAUUUUGUAUAAAAAUCAUUUUAUACCAUUAAUUCUACUUACCUACUUUUCAUCUACUGCUUAAUAUUUUCUUUUUAGAGCUCUAGCUCAAGACAUUAAGUUGUAUAGAAUAAGUCUUAUUUAUUUUUGAAACUGUUUAAGUGUUCUUGUAUUAAGAAACUCAAGACUGCAUUCUCAAAAAACAACUUUGCAGUAUUGGGAUUUACAUUACACUGCCCUUCAUUUUUUUAAGCCAAAUAACUUUAUUGAUACUCAUUGCUUUUGUAGUUGUUAAAACUGAGAGUUUCUUUAAAAAUGUGUUUGUAGUUUACGUUUUUCAGAGGGUUUUGGUAGUAUUUGUGCUAAAAUGGUUUUGCAAAUGAUAAUUAUAGGGGAUAUAUUUAUAGAGCUCUACUGGUGUACCUUGUUGAAUUAUAUGAAAAUUAAAAGUUCUCAGCCCAUACAGUUAAUAUUUGUAUGUAGAGUGCUUAAGCAUAUUUUUAGCAUAUAGGAGUUAAUGUUGCUUCUAUUUGUUUUUGAAUACAAAUUCCUUUUUUUUUUGUAAUUUACAUCCUAUGUGUAAGAAACAACUUUACAAACUAAUUUAUAUUCUGGUAAUAUUUGGACAAGUACCAUAAAUUCAUGUAUACUGUACUUUCUGAAUAGAUUUUCUCUAACCAUAGCAAAAUUUAUUUCAAAACUACAACUCUUUGAAGUGUUUGGUUGUAAUAAAAUUUAGUUAUAAAAUUAUGUGGCACUAUUAAAAACUGAAAGGAUAGUCUGAAAAAAGAGCAAGACAAAUAUUAAUAGAAAUUUUUUGUAUUUUCUAAAUAAAUGUUUUGAGUUUACACACAUACAUAUGUAGUUAUUCCAAAUACUAACUAGGAAUUGAUUAUAGUGUCUUUACUCUGCAUUUAAUCAUUAUCUUAGUAAAAGGCUAUAAGGUAAUGUUUCUGAA